AAUAUCUUAAACAUGUAUAUUUGAUCAAAUAGAUAUAUUUUUUUAUUGGAAGUUACUUAUUCUUGUAAUGGCUUAUAGAGUAGAUCAUGAAUAUGAUUAUCUAUUCAAGAUUGUCUUGAUCGGAGAUUCAGGUGUUGGCAAAUCCAAUAUUCUGUCAAGGUUUACCAGAAAUGAGUUUUGCUUGGAAUCCAAGUCAACAAUUGGAGUUGAAUUUGCUACAAGAACGUUACAGGUAGAAGGCAAAGUGGUAAAAGCACAAAUAUGGGACACAGCAGGGCAAGAAAGGUACAGAGCCAUAACAAGUGCAUACUACAGGGGAGCUGUAGGAGCCCUGUUAGUGUACGACUUAACCAAGAAGCAAAGCUUCGACAACGUUAACCGAUGGCUUCAUGAACUACGUGACCACGCAGAUUCGAACAUCGUGAUAAUGUUAGUUGGCAACAAGUCCGAUCUUAAGCAUCUGAGGGGUGUUUCCGAGCAGGAAGGGCAGUUCUUAGCCGAGAAGGAAGAGCUUGUUUUCCUCGAAACAUCAGCCUUAGACUCAACCAAUGUUGAGAAGGCUUUUCAAACAAUUCUCUUAGAUAUUUACCAAGUUAUUAGCAAGAAAUCUUUAGCUGCUCAACAAGCUUCUGGUUCUUUACCUCAAGGCACCAACAUUAAUGUUGGGGUUAAUAAUAUUUUUAACAAGAAACCAUGUUGUUCCAACUGAUACAUUUUUUUUUCUUAUUUUUUUUUUCUGUUAUUUUUUCCCUCUUAUGAUGUAAUUUUAUUUUUUAGGAGGGUGUUGAGUGAAAUUUGUUGCAAGGGAAGGAAUUGAAAGGAACUUUAUUAGUACCACAAAGACAUAAGUAGUGUUGCUUGAUAGUGAUAAAUUGUACAAGAAUAACAAAUCUUGAAAUAUUUGCAAGCUAGUUUGUCAAUUACUGUAAUGAUUUAUUGUGUUACUCCCUUUGUUUUUUUUUUUUUUUUUUUUAAAUUUUUUUCACGUAGGAUAUUGUUACAACUUGUAUUUUCAUAAUAUCAACUUUAUAUAUAUAUUUUUAACAAUUCAUAAUUAGAGUUAUUGAUAUAGUAUAUAAACUGAUUCGGAAUUCAAUCACCCGCUUAUGUUUUUGAUUGAAGUGCUCCUCAUAUAUGGUAUCAAGAGCUGCGUUGUGACAAGGGAUCAUGAGUUCAAAACUCAUCCACCUCUAACCCCUUUCAAAUUAUCAA